GCCUAACCACACUCGUCCGUCAUUUCAUUCUUGAGGAAUGGAGUUGCAUUCUGCCCGCGCCAUCGUUCAGUCAUGCGUUCGCUCGAGGAGGCCAGGCGGAGUUGGCAGGAGGUGAGGCGGUGCACAUCAUUGCCGCAGCUCAAGGAAGCCGUCCGCCUCGAUGGAUCGUCAUCACUUGCUACUGAAGGAGGCCGCUCGGCCUGCUGGAAGGCUUUCCUGCUGUUCGAGAGCCUCGACCUAUCCGUGUGGCAGGAGACUCUGGCUUCAUCCCGCUCGGCAUACAACUCGUUGCGCGCCCACUUCUCGCGCCAUCUAGACAACCCCGACAGCGUAGAAGCCAGCUACGAUCCUCUGGCGGAGGAGACCGAUGCUUCGCCAUGGGUGCAACUGCGGAAAGACGAAGAGCUCCGCGCCGAGAUCUUGCAGGAUGUCGCGCGCUGCAUGCCCGAGAACCUCUACUUUCGACAACCAGACACUCAGCAGAUGCUCCUCGACAUUCUCUUCGUCUUUUGCAAGCUUAACCCCGACAUUGGCUACCGUCAGGGCAUGCACGAACUGCUCGCCCCCAUCCUAUGGGUGGUGGAACGAGAUGCCAUUGACCUUGGGGGAAGCAGCAAGGCCAUGGGCGAGGACGCCGUCAUCACCAACGUCUUCGACGCAGAUCACAUCGAGCACGACACUUUUGCUUUGUUCGGCCAGAUCAUGCAAAGCGCAAAGAACUUCUACGAGCAGAGUACGAUGCUGGGGAAGGAAAAUCCGAUCGUCGUCCGCAGUCGAGUCAUCUUCGUCGACCUGUUGUCAAAAGUUGACGAGCGACUCGCCCGUCAUUUGCAAAGCAUCGACAUUGUUCCGCAAAUUUUCAUGAUGCGGUGGAUCCGUCUGCUCUUCGGCCGCGAAUUCGCCUUCGACGAUCUGCUGACGAUGUGGGAUGUAAUCUUUGCGGAAGAUACAACUCUGGAAAUCGUCAACGAGAUCUGCUUGGUCUUGUUGUUGAGGAUUCGAUGGCAAUUACUGGAAGCAGACUACAACGCGGCGCUCGCUCUGUUACUCCGCUAUCCCGACCUUGCAAAGGAACCGUUAGCACAGACGUGCGUCCUUGAUGCUUUGUACCUCCGAAGGCACAUGGAUGCACACGGCGGGAGCUACUUGGUCUCCAAGUAUUCCGGAAGAUCACUCCAUACUGGCCGCCCGGUGACGCCACCCGCGUUUCAACGAAAUGUGACGACCAUCUCAGGCCUGAGGGCCAACAAAAGCUCCAGGCCCAUUACUGCUAGCACUCCUUCUUCUGCCCGCGAUAUUAACAAUGUCCUUCGGUCGGCUGCCAACGACAUAUAUGCACGUGGUGAGAAGCUGGGCAUCGGAAAGGCCGUUCGCAGUGCUGUGGAAGAGGUCCACAAGCGUGCACAAGAAAUCCGUGAUGCACCGACUCCCACGCCACCCGUAUCCCAUCGCUCUCGAGGCUCGUUUAGCGCAGACUCUGCUCUCCGAAGGGUCAAGGCGCUCGAAGACCGCAAUCGGAGCCUUGCGAAACUGCUUGAAGGCGCAACAUCCGAGCUAUGGGCUUACCAGAAAAUCGCCGCUGAGCGGGCCAGCGAUGGUAAUGAAGGUACUAAGGACGACGCUGGCGUUACAGACCUUUGUGCCGCGAUUGCCAAGGUCCAGUUCGUCCAAGUAUAUUUGAGAGACCCUAGUCUGCAGCUGUCAGACGACAUCACUCAAGAAAGCAACACUGUGGACGCGCCGAGUCACACCACAGCCGAAAUUGGGGUCCAGGAGAGCUCCUCGGGAAGGAAAAGCAGCUCAACACAGCCUCGCACAAUUCCCGACCAGCCCAGGAUUCAGAUAGAUGACCUUGCAGAUCCAUCCAGCUUUGAAGACGCCGCAGUGCCUCCCGAUGGCGACUCUAGCAAGCUCAUUGCUAGCAGCGGGUCAGACAGCGCGAGCGUGCAGCCCCAAAUGACACCGGCGCGGCAGACCGAGAAUUCUGCGAAGCUCGCGAGGCCGUCGCUCGAGCAGAGUCCAUUCUCGUGGAUGCUCGAAGAGCAAAAACCGCAAUCCAGCAGCGCCAAAGGACAGACUUUCUCCCCUGGGCGAGGGAAGAGCAAAGGAUUUCUCUUUGGAGACGAGACGCAAUAGAGCAAUGUCGUCGGACUAGAGUCCGAGGCCUUGCGACAAGUUCUAGACCAACCAAUGUAGAUCCACCCCCAAUCCAGGCAAUGCAAGCUUCUUGCUUUUGGCUCAGCCUCGCAUUAUUACGGCC